AAAAGUCUAAGUCUAGUGCUUUUAGAUCACUGUCAAAUCUUCGAAACUCGGAAAAGGAAGUUGGAAAUGAUUUACCCAAAGGAGUAGUGGUUACAUUAUAUCAAUGGCAACAUGCUAGUGUCUACAUGUAGCGUACCUAGCUUAUAAGCGGCGUAUUUCUUUCUCUAUAUUCUGUAGUUGUUCGUGUGCGCGCCACGGUAACUCCACCAAACUCCACGCUGCGCUGCAAACCUCCGCAACAGGCACUUGGCUCAAUUCACUGACUGGAGGACAGUAGGAAUUCUGAUCUUCUGGGCCCAGGGAGCAAUGCGAUAGACAGUAGCAGCUACAGCCACAACGUCAGCCAAACGUUAACUCCAACAUGGCCAGUUCUCCUGGGAGUGGAACUGAAAGUUCUCCGCUGCUUCAGCUCCAGGAGGUUGACUCAAGCAAGGCCCAAGGGAGUGGAAGCCCCCUGGGACUCUUGCCCACCAUGUACUGCUCCCCCAGUGACAUGGAGACCCGCACCCUCUGCAUCCCCUCUCCCUACACGGACAACAGCCAUGAGAACAGCCACGGCUCACUAACCUUCUACAACCCCUCCAUGGCGGGCUACAGCAGAACAGCCACCUCCAACAGCCCCUCUCAGUGUCCCCCACUUAGUCCAUCUCUCUUCUGGCCCCACCCUGGCCACAGCCAGCACAACAUGCUUUCCCUGACGCUGCACUGCCCCCAACCCCUGGGGUAUAGCGAGCCAAACCAUCAUGCCCUUUGGGUGGAGCCUAGACCCCACGGCCUUAGCCCCGGCAGCCCUCUCCUCCACCCUACCAAGCUGCUGGGGAGAGGACUGGUGGAUGACAGCGAUCUGAGCUCCUCCGCUGGCAGUUUAUUGGCCAAGGCAGACAUGCACUUCUGUGCCGUGUGUCACGACUACGCUUCAGGCUACCACUACGGCGUGUGGUCCUGUGAGGGCUGCAAGGCUUUCUUCAAGAGGAGCAUCCAAGGGCACAAUGACUACAUUUGUCCGGCGACUAACCAGUGCACCAUCGACAAGAACCGCCGCAAAAGCUGCCAGGCGUGUCGCCUUCGCAAGUGCUAUGAAGUGGGCAUGAUGAAGUGUGGUGUGAGGCGAGAGCGCUGCAGUUACCGGGGGGCAAGGCAGCGACGUGUACCACAGGGGCGGGGGGCCCCAGGCAGGCUAGUGGGGAUCGGUGCCAGGGCCCAGAGGCGCCUGGAGGCAGGAUCCAUCCAUCAGUUAGAUGUACACCACUCAUCCCUGACCCCAGAACAGCUGAUAUCCUGCAUAAUGGAGGCUGAGCCCCCUGAGAUCUACCUGAUGGCGGACCUCAAGAAGCCCUUCACUGAAGCCAGCAUGAUGAUGUCACUCACCAACCUGGCCGACAAGGAGCUGGUCCUCAUGAUCAGCUGGGCUAAGAAGAUCCCUGGCUUUGUGGAGCUGAGUCUGACGGACCAGGUGCAUCUGUUAGAGUGUUGCUGGCUGGAGGUGCUGAUGCUGGGCCUAAUGUGGAGGUCUGUUGACCACCCUGGGAAACUCAUCUUCUCUCCGGACCUGAAGCUCAACAGGGAAGAAGGGAACUGUGUGGAGGGCAUUGUGGAAAUAUUUGACAUGCUGCUAGCAGCCACUUCUAGGUUUCGGGAGCUGAACCUUCAGAGGGAGGAGUAUGUCUGUCUGAAAGCCAUGAUCCUCCUCAACUCCAAUAUGUGCUCCAGCUCUCCGGAAAGCGCAGAGGACCUGGAGAGCAGGGGAAGGCUCCUGCGUCUGCUGGACUCAGUGACCGACGCCCUGGUCUGGGUCAUCGCCAAACGAGGCCUCUCCUUCCAGCAGCAGUCAGCCCGCUUGGCCCACCUCUUAAUGCUGCUUUCACACAUCCGCCAUCUCAGUAACAAAGGAAUGGAGCACCUUUCCAACAUGAAGAAAAAAAAUGUUGUGCUUCUCUACGACCUGCUUUUGGAAAUGCUGGAUGCCAACACCCACAGCAGCCGAAUGUCCUCACCCCAUGAGCCCUGUAACCCCAACCCCACAGAGCCCCCAGCAGCACCAGCCCAGGUCCCAGCCCCAGCCACGGACCCCCAUCUCCAGCCACACAACCUACAGCUGCCCUCCCAAGACCCAGAAUGCCACACACUUGAGAGCUGUUCCUCCACACAGGGUGCUGGCCAGCUGAGAGAGGGGAGAUGUGUACCCCAGUGACCAGACACCAGGGAGCAUGGAUGGAGACUGUAAAACAGUGGGUGACUGAAGAAGAAAUGUAUGGGUGACUGUUGAAGAUGUAUCCAGAGACGGAUUUUGACCUGAAUUUACUCUGUGGGACACUGGACCCCAUUUUCAAUUGACUGAUGAGAAACAUUUUAGAAUGUGUCAUAAGUCUUACCCUUUUAAGAUGGUUUUGGUAUAUGGAGAAACUGUGGUUUGCACAGUAACAGUGAAUUUGACGGGUUUUUGAUUGAAUGUAUUUUUUGUGUAAUUUCCUUGUAAAUAUGCAGUUGGUAAUGUUGCUAGUAAUGAGUGUAUAUGAACCUCUACUAGUCAGUCUGUCUUGUUUAAUGUCAGCAUUAAGUGACCGUGGCAGUGGGAUGUAAUGUGCAGUGUGCUGCGGAUGGAUUGCGGAGGUUUGGUCAGCACCACGUGCAUAAUGCUUUACAGUGAACACCUUCAGUAGCUGUGACUGUGCCUGAUGACUCUGGGCAUCCUUCACUCCUGAUGCACUCAUUGUAGAAAUUCAUCUUUUUUUUUUCCACUUUCAAUCAAAUGAAUUUUGUGACCUUUGUUUAAGAUGACUGUUAAAGAGGCUCCAUUCAAGUUUAUGUGCAAGAUCAGAAGCCAAACAAAAACUAGCAUCUGCUAAAAGACAUACACGUGCACAUUUAAAUCCAUAUUCUGCCGUCUCUACUGUGAUUAUUUGGUGCUUGUGCUGUCUAUGUGUUCAGUGUCAAAGGCAUGUUGGAAUUUCUAGAAAAGAACCCAGAGCUUACCAUAUAAAGGCAUUUGAGUCCCAGUGGGAUUGCAGCCAAACAAUGAAAGCAGCAUUAAAAAGGGGAACGUAGAAAUAAACACCCUUAAUGGCAAACAUUGUUUAUUGUCAAGUAAAAAUGACAGCUAACUAUUCAUCAUCCAUAAAUAAGCAUUCAAAAAAUAAAUCAGACUGUACACAC